AUGAGUGCCUCGAUUGCCUCAAUUGUAGGCCAACGUCGGUCAUUUGAUGGUCACCUCUGUACCAUUCGCUACGUGGGGACUGUUCAAGGCACCACGGGCGACUGGUUGGGCGUGGAGUGGGACGACGCAACUCGGGGCAAGCAUUCAGGAGAGCAUAAGGGAAUCAGAUAUUUCUCAUGCAAAAGCAACAAGCCUACGGCGGGGUCUUUCGUUCGCCCCUCCAGGCCAUCAGAUCAACCGCGGAGCUUCCUCGAAGCCUUGCGGGAGAAAUACGCCUCUGAGUUUGAGGAUUCCUCUUGCUUGAAUAUCAGUGAAGCAUCUCGCAAGAAGGCAAUUGAAAUUAGUGGCAAGGUCGUUGAAGAAGUUGGCUUCGACAAGAUCCGCAAGCAACUCGCGGAAUUGAAAGAGCUACGCAUUGUCCUGCUUGAUGGCCUCCUAAUUGCUGGCGUUUCUCCGUCGUAUGAUCAGGUACAAGAUCAAGGCGCAGCCCAAAAGAUUGCAGAGACUUGUCCUAAGAUCAUCGAAUUGGAUCUUAGUCGAAGUUUGUUGAGCGGGUGGCGCGAUGUUUGGGAGAUUUGCAACCAACUUAAGCACCUGAAAAGGUUAAAGUUGAAUGGAAACCGAUUCCGGGCUUUGGAUGAUCUGGUUUUUGAGGGGAUCACCGAACUACAUCUAGAAGACACGCUGCUAAGUUGGGAUGAAAUUGCUGCUAUUACAUCUCAAUUCCCUGACUUAACAUCUCUCACGGCAUCAGCAAAUCAACUCUCUGAGAUAACCUGCCCAGUCCCCGACACCAUCACCUCCUUAACCCUAGAACACAACAACUUCGUCUCAAUAUCAGCUCUCAGGCAUCUCUCUGCCCUCCCCAAGCUGGAGCAUCUUUCUGUUCGAGGAAGCGCCAUUGACACCGUGAACAAUGGCGCAACCCCGUUGGACUUCCAGUUUCCCAAGACUCUCCUCUCCCUCGAUCUAUCCCGCAACAAAAUCACCUCAUGGUCCUUCCUCAAUCAAAUUUCCAUUCUCUUCCCAGGCUUAACAACUCUUCGAAUCUCGGACAACCCUCUAUUUGACCAGCCGCCCCUUCCACAAUCCGUCACAACAACAGAAUCCUCAAAACCAAUGACCCUCGACGAAGCCUUCAUGCUAACCCUCUCCCGCUUCCCUUCAUCCCUCGCAACCCUUAAUUACAGCAUCAUAAAACCAACAGACCGCUCAAACGCAGAAAUGUACUAUCUCUCCUUGAUCGGCAAAGAACUCUCCGCAACAAGUGAGGCAGAAGAACCCGCCAUCCUAUCUACCCACCCUCGAUACAAUGAGCUAUGCGAGUUAUACGCCGAGCCCACCAUUAACAGAGCUAUCAUUCCUACUUCCGGGUCAAGAGUGAUCCAUCCGCGCUCUGUAGCAGCACGAUUAGUCAAAAUGGCAUUCCGUCUCUCUCGUGAUAAGGAGGAAUCAGAAGUUCUCAUCAAGGAGAUUCCUGGUUCUUUCGAUACAUACCAGCUUAAAGCGCUUGUUUCGCGGCUAUUUGGGUUACCGGCGUUCGGGUUCAAGCUUGUUUGGGAGACGGAUGAGUGGGAUCCUGUUGAGAAGGAGAAUGUCGAGGCUGUUGAUUGGGAUGAUAGUGAGGAUGAGGCUUUGGAGGAGCAAGACAUCGUUCCUCCAAAACACGAUGCUCCCGAUAGUGGGUUCGUGCGUCGGCAGAUAGAAUUAGUUGAUUCGACGAGGGAUAUUGGGUUCCUGUUUCAGGGUGAGGGAGAAGUCAGGGUUCGAGUUGAAGUCCCCUUGGAGUGCAGUACUACUGUUUGA